GGAUGCAGAUGGAAUGAAGAAACGAACAUAGUUGCAUUCAGAUGAUUCAUCUAGAUGCAUGGACGAAAUGAAGAAACGAACAACACCCAGAUGGAGCAUCUGGAUAAGACAUCUAGAUGGACCAUCUGGAUGCAUCUUCCAGAUGUACAAACGAACAGGGCCCAUCUCUAUAUUUCUUUGUUGACACUGAUCAUGUAUCAUCAAAACUAAUUAACAAAAUGUAAAUAAAUACCUCGACAUUUUGUUAUUCACCCUCUAAAACAGUUGUGGAAUAGCGAAUGUUGGCUGAGAGUGGUUUCUAGAUUGUCGAGUGCGUGGGGAUAUUACCAACUCGGAACGGUCCAUGAAGAUGUUUUUGGUGCAUUUACGAUCAUCAAAAACAUUUGUCGAUUUUGCAUGGCUUAUUAUGUGGUGAUGGCGUUCAAAAAUAUGGUUAGGAAUCACCAUCACUGAUGUAAUGUCCUUGAGAUAAGUAGUGCGUGAAGAUUUUGAAGUUUCUUAUCUAUCUUUUCUACCCAUGAAAACUACAGAUGAUAAGAGUAUAUAACUACUGGAAGUUGGAGCUUCAUCCACGAUACUAUCACUAUGUGACGGAACAAAUGCCGCUUCUUUUGCCACAGAGAUUACAGUUGCAGCAUCAUCGACCAUAGUUGGAGUCAAUCUCGUCACCCUCGAGUUGCUGAGUGCUUAUUUUAUAUUCUUGUGGUGUAUUUUAACGAUAUCAGUUUUGCUAAAAUUGGAUGUAAGAUCCAUAUAGUGAUCGCUGCAAGUCGAUCACGCGCUCUUACUCCCUAGCUUAGGUUUGCUUAACAAAUUAUAUUUUUGGUUAGGUAAAAAAAAAGGGUUGUAGUCUGAUCUUUUUGGUUAGGAACCUUGGAGAGAGUAAGUUAAAUGGAAGUUAAUUGUUACGGUAUCUUUGAAAGAUCUAAUCACAUAAGAAAUUGAUAUUUCUCUAUGUAUUCUUAUUGUAAAAUUACUAAAAUAUAUAGAUUUCCUAUUAUCAUAUAUAUAAUAUAUUUGCAGUCUCUUUUUCUUUCCAGCUCUGUUUAUUAUAUAACGUGCGGCCUUCUGUAUUGUAUUAUUAUAUAUGGAACCCUAAGUAUAAACAAUACUGGUCGAAAGGGGGAACAUUACUGGAAGAAAGAAUGAGGGUAUUCAAGAAGAAAGUAUUAUUGAGCAAUCAGACAUGGAUGAAGAAGAGAAGAAGACGAGAGAGACCCAAACCAUGGUCUCAAGUAGACAAUAUUCCUCCUGAUGUAACCUUGGAGAUACUCUCAAGGCUUCCUCCAAAAUCGAUCAUGAGACAUCGAUGUGUCUCGAAGCUGUGGUCUUAUUUGACCUCACUUCCAAGUUUUAUCAACUCGUUCACGUCUCGGUCUACUUCACGACCACCGACUCUUAUGGUCACCUUAUCAUCAGAAUCGGCAAAAUAUGUAUUAUUCUUCCCUACCACCCCGAAACCGUCAAGUUAUUCUCCAUUAUACAGUUAUGAAAUAACAAACUUAGAUUGGAAAGAUUCGCGAUCCGAGAGCAUCCAUGGAUUGAUUUUAACACCCGUAUUCAAGAUUUGGAACCCAACCUUGAGACAGUUUUUAGCCUUACCACAUCCUCCUGCUCAGCACAGCUCAAGUCGAGGUUGGUCGUCUUAUUUAGGAUACGAUCCAUUGGAGUGUAGACACAAAGUACUUUGUGUAGUAUCUAAAAUAUACUCGGGUCAGCCUCUGAUUCUUACGUUGGGAGCUCAAGAAUCAUGGAUAAUAAUAUCCGAAGGACGUUGCCCUAUCCAUCGCCCAACUGGAGGAUAUGGGCGAUGCGUCAAUGGGAUUCUGUAUUAUAGAGCUUGUCUUCUUGGUGAUGAUCAAGAAAUAAUAAUGAGCUUUGAUGUCAAAUCUGAAAACUUCAAUAAUAUAAAAUUACCGGAGGGUUCUAGUCAGCUUUAUAUGAUACCUUAUGAGGGAAGGGUAGCCUUAGUUGCUCAUGAUUAUCAUGUUGUUAAACUUUAUAUUUUGAAAGAUGCACAUGGGCACGAAUGGAAAAGCUUUAUUUUUAAUGUGCCAUCUGAGAGGGUGCGGAUGUAAUCUAUGCGUUUCAGGGGUACUACAGAUGCUGGUGAGUUUAUAUUUGCUGCAUAUCGUUCCAGUGAAGAUCUUUGUAUUUUAUAUUGUUGGAUUUCCCUCCUUAAGCCCAAAACUAAUCAUAAUCAUAAUCAAAUCAUAAUUAAGCGGGAAAAUAAUUUUUUCAAAAAUUUUAGGCGGGAAUAUUUGGACGACUUACAAGUAAGUCGUCUCGUU